GUAGUCUGACAGAACCUAAGGAGAAAUGGCAAACAGCCUUUUGAAGACAUCAUCGCUGUCUAUGCGGACCAAAUUGCUACAUCAAACAGGAGUGUCACUUUAUAAUACAUCUCAUGGAUUCCAUGAAGAGGAAGUAAAAAAAAAACUUCAGGAAUUUCCUGGUGGAUCUGUUGACCUCCAGAAAGAAGACAAUGGCAUUGGGAUUCUUACUCUGAACAACCCAAGUAAAUUGAACGCUUUCUCAGGUGUUAUGAUGCUACAACUCCUAGAAAAAGUCAUUGAAUUAGAAAAUUGGACAGAGGGGAAAGGCCUCAUUGUCCGUGGGGCAAAAAACACGUUUUCUUCAGGAUCGGAUCUGAAUGCUGUGAAAGCACUGGCCACCCCAGAGGAGGGAGUGGCCUUAUGUAUGUUCAUGCAAAACACAUUAACAAGAUUAGUGAGACUUCCUUUAAUCAGUGUUGCACUGGUUCAAGGUCGAGCAUUGGGCGGAGGAGCAGAAUUUACAACAGCAUGUGAUUUCCGGUUAAUGACUCCAGACAGUGAGAUCAGAUUUGUCCAUAAGGAGAUGGGCAUAAUACCAAGCUGGGGUGGUACUUCCCGGCUUGUUCAAAUAAUUGGCAGUAGACAAGCUCUCAAAGUGUUAAGUGGAGCCCUCAGACUGGAUCCACAAAAAGCUUUAAAUAUAGGAAUGGUUGAAGAGGUCCUGCAGUCUUCAGAUGAAGUGAAAUCUCUAGAAGAGGCACAAGAGUGGCUUAAACAGUUUACCAGUGGGCCACCAGAAGUAAUUAGAGCUUUAAAGAAAUCUGUUUGUUCAGGCAAAGAACUUUAUUUCGAAGACGCAUUACAGAAUGAAAGAGAUCUUUUAGGAACACUGUGGGGUGGAAGUGCAAAUUUAGAGGCUAUUGCCAGGAAAAAAAAAUUUAAAAAUUAGUUUUUCUAAAAUUUGAAUGUACUGUUAAGUAAAGCUGCAAUGAUUAGUAUGUUUGGACACUAAAUGCUUUUGAAUAUGAACAUCCCAAUUACUUUUACACUAUUAGUCUUUAAAAUAAUUUUUCAAUGCCUGUACUCAGUAGCCUUGUUGUCACUAUCUAUUCAUUUAGGCGUUUAAGAAAUACUAUGCGAUAUUCAGCUAAUAUGUAUACCACUUAGGGGCUUAGAGAUUACAUGUCAAGUUCCGUAAUAGUUCUUCGUUUGUAGCUGAGUUGUUAAACACAAAAUCUUUUCCUGUGAUUAUCAUGAAAUUUGUGUGUGCUUACCUGGAAAUAAUUUAUGAAAAGUAACUUGAGUCUUAUAGGUGAAGAAUCAAAGUGAGGAGAAACUGGAGGACAAGAAAAUGAUAGCUGUCAUUUCCUUCCUUUUGCAAAGGGACUAAGUCACAGGAAAUGGCCCUUCACUUUGAAAAACGAUUUGGCCCACUAUCCUCUAAUGGAUUUGGAGCCUUACUUACUUGAUCCUUUCAAUGACGAGUUUUCCAUUUUGAAGUGGAAGCUAUGAUAAGCAAAGUGAGCUGACACCACACAUUAAUUUGCGCUCCAAGAAUCUUAAGUUAGUAACGUGCACUAUUGCUGCUGUGUCCUGACGGCUCAUUCAUGAAGCAUCCUGAAGUAUACGUUUGCUUUAUGCUGCAGAUUUCAAUUUGAAUUUUUAAAAGCUAGCUUUUUUUAUAUAUAACUAGGUUUGAAUAAUAAAUCUAGUUACGUAAGUUUUAAAAUGACUGUGUUGGUAAUAUACCUUAGUGCUGGUUCAUGUCCUGGUUGCUCCACUUUCCAUCCAGCCCCAAUUAAGGCCUGGGAAAGUAGUAGAGGCUGGCCCAACGCCUUGAGACCCUGCAUCCUUGUGGGAGACCCAGAAGAAACUCCUGACUCCUGGCUUUGGAUCAGCUCAGCUCCGCCCAUUACAGCCACUUCGGGAAUGACCCUGCGGAUGGAAGAUCUUUGUCUCUCCUCUCUGUAGAUCUGCCUUUGUAAUAAAAAUAAAUAAAUCUUUAAAAAAAUGUCAUAGCGCUGGUGCCGUGGCACAGCAUACUAGGCUCCGCCUGCAAAACCAGUAUCCCAAAUAGGCUCUGGUUCAUGUCCUGUUGCUCCACUUCCAAUCCAGCUUCCUACUAAUGGCCUAGGAAAGUAGCAGUGGAUGAUGGCUCAAACUCUGUGAGACCCCGUACUCAUGUGAAAGACCCAGAUGGAGUCCCAGGCUUUGGACUGUUUCAGCGAUGACCAUUAUGACCAUUUGGGAGUACACCAGCAAAUGGAGGAUCUCUCUCUCCUUUCUGUAACUCAGUUUUUCAAAUAAAAUAAGAAAUACACAUCA